AUUUCUUCUCUAAAGUAUCUUAUCUUGACAGCAUUCCAAAAGUACUCAGCCGUUCCACCUUUCAUUUCCUAUACUGGCAGUUACCAAGCAACCUGACCCUGCAAACAAAGCUGCUGGAUACAGUAUUUACUUUGCUACAGUUACCUGGGAAUCCAAUCUUGUUUCUGUUGCUCUUUCCCCCCCCUCACUUAGAUACAACCAAUAUCUAUGAUCAUAGAUCUGCUUUACAAUUCAGAAAUAACCAGAAAGUCAAACUCUUUGCUUUUCAGCCUUUGGUUGGAAGCUAUUAAGGAGAAUGAGUAGUCAGGAACUGGUCACUUUGAAUGUGGGAGGAAAGAUAUUCACAACACGGCUUUCCACCAUACGACAGUUCCCUGUGUCUCGGCUGGCACGCAUGUUAGAUGGUCGGGACCAAGAAUUCAAGCUGGUGAAUGGCCAAAUUUUUGUGGACAGAGAUGGCUUGCUGUUCAGUUACAUCCUGGAUUUCCUGAGAACUCAACUGCUUUCCUUACCCACUGACUUUUCAGAUUAUUCAAGGCUCCGAAGGGAGGCUUAUUUCUAUGAACUUGAUCCUCUGGUUGAGCUUCUUGACCAAGAACUGCUAAAGCCUAAGCCAGAAAUUUUAGAGGUACGCUUUAUGUGCCAGGACACUCGAGCCUUUUUCCGGGUCUUUGGCUCCUGUAGCAGCACAGUUGAGAUAUUAACUGGGCGGAUUACAGUGUUUAUAGAGCAGUCUUCCACCCAAACCUGGAACAGUAGCUCUUUCCCUGCUCAGACGGCCUUACUUCCAGUCCCACCACAAAGACCUUCAUACCAUGACCUGGUUUUCCAGUGUGGCUCUGAUAAUACUACUGGUGACCAGGCCCAAGCCAGGUAUAUUUCUAUAAAGCCUGAUAACCGAAAACUGGCCAAUGGAACUAAUGUACUGGGACUACUUGUGGACACGUUGCUUAAAGAGGGCUUCCACCUGGUGAGCACUAGGACUGUGUCCUCUGAAGAGAAUGUGGAGUGCUACAGUUUUGAAAGGAUGAAUAGGCCUGAAGACCUUACCAUGAGUGAAAGAGUGAAACCAGAGCCCACCACUGCAGCCCAGCUGAUGCCAGUACAGUCUCAGAAAAAGAAAUGAAGUGCCUAGUCCUCAUGUAGACUAAAAAAGGGGCAUUUCCUUUUAAAAGAGCAACAUUUCAAAAAGAAAAAAAAAUUCAUGCAUAUAUACAUGUAGACACAUGUGUAUCAUAUAAUUUUUUUUUAGUGGGGGGUGGAUGUCCAGGAAUUCCACGCUUUGGGUAGGGUGUGCUGAUGUGCUAAAUUCUGGGAUAAAAAUGCUAGGUCUCUCCUUUAGUCAUUUCACAAGCAGUAAGAGCUGUCUCUGAAUGAGGAUGUGGAGAACAAAAUCUAUUACAUUGCUUUAGGAAUCAGAACUUGAAUAUACUGAAAGACUAUGAGGUGGGCAGGGGUGGUUGUUACAGUGUUUGUUUUUUUUCUGUUUGGUGUGAGCAUUAUCCUAAAAAUUUGUUUUUUUUUUUGUUUUUUUUUCCACUUUUUCUUCUAAAAAGAAAACUGUAGCAAAACAAAAUCCAGAAUAUUUCUUCAAUCAGAUCUUUAAAAGGCCUUGGAGAUCUAUUUCUGAAUGCACAAUAGACCUUCCUUAGAAUGUUUAAAAAUGUACACAUAAAUAGGAAAGAUAAUAAAAUGCUCUAAAGACAUCAUAGUCACUUACUAUAUAGACGUUAGUGGGAUGGGGACCAAAACUACCAUUUCUCUUUUGUUCACUUAACCAGGAGUGGAAGUAAGCCAGUGUUAUCAGGGGGGUGAUAGUAUUGGAAAGUAGUGUUAGUGAAGGAGGAAGAAGGAAAGGAGUGCUAAUAAUAUUCUACAUCAUAUUCUAUAAAUCAUAUCCUCCAAAUUAAUUAAGUAGUCACCCCCCCCCCCCCGCCCUUUCCCCCAGGAUAGAAGGUUGGGAUGUUUUUGUUUUCCCUUCUGUCUUGGAGAGCUCAGUGGGCACUGGCCAUUUCACUACCUCUACAUUUGUCUUGGAGGAGGUGCUCUCUCUCAGAUCUUUCUCUCUGAGGUCUGGAAGACUAGGAAGAUUUUUGCUAUUUUCCAUUUAAUCAGGGGUUUAACCACAACAAGAGUGGUCAAUGAGAGUUUGGGAAAGGUGUCUUGGGCAUUCGGUCCUAUCAUUCUCAAGGUACUUUCCUUGUAAGUUUCAGGUUUCAAGGCUAUCCUCAAUUUUCUCCAUGUGUGCUCCUGAGUUUUCUUAUAAAUGUGGUGAAUUUGCCUUCUCUUCCUCAGUGGGAGUAUUUUCUUAGAAGUUUUAAGGCUAAGUUCCCCAUAUCAAAGUCAUCUAAUUGAGAUAUUUCCCAUUUUGAUGAAUAAUGAUUUGCAUACUUUUCUUUGAGCCAAAGCUUCUUAGAAUGAUGAAUGCAUAAUUUUGUACAUUUAAUAAAUUCCAUUCUUGUUUUCAAAGAAGGAACUGUGAGAAUGUGACUUGUAGGAUAUAGCCACCUACUAUCUGUGUGACC